GAGAUCGGUGACUAACUUUAUCUUGCCUCAGAGGAUGCAUACACCUUCUGGCCCCAUCCCAGGGCCCCCAAACAUUUUAUUUUCUUCUUCUUAACUUUGAGGAAAGCCCUAAACAUUCAAGUGGUGUAGAGGUCAGGUCAGUUACUGUGCACCCAGAAAAAAAAAAUCUCAUAUGAAACUACAGCUCCAGUGAAGGUCCUUAACAAGUGCUUAGAAGUACCAUGUCUACAUUUUUGUUCCAUGAGUCAUCCAGAAGAACAAAAGAAACUGACAUGAAAAAGAGUCAGGAAAGAUGAAUGCCUAACCAAAAAGGUCCAGACUUCAGACAUCUGAGAAUACAUCGAAGGAUCACAGAUUGGGAAACAGCUCUGCAAGUUCCCAACCCCAGCACCAUGAGAGAUUUUCUAUGGAAACUCAUCAUUAUUGCAACAGCAGUAGUGCUCCCAAUUUUCUAUUUCAUUGAUGAAAAUCCCUUUGAUACUGCAAGUUUCCUAUCUUUGAAGGAAAAGGAGAUGGUAGCUUGGCAGAGAGCCCGAAUGCAGAUCAAUCCUGGUAGAACAAACCACAUGAAAACCUUCAAAGAUAUGCAGAGAAACUCAGAACCGCUUAAAAAUGUGAACUCCCACAUCUUGCUUGGAGCCUUUCCCACAGAAAAAAAACUGCUGACCAUAGGGAUUUCUUCAGUGCAGCGUCCCCAAGGAAGCUACCUCUUGGACACCCUGCAAUCUCUCUUCUUUGCUUCCUCCUCGUCUGAACAGAAAUACUUCACUGUUUUGGUACACCUGGCAGAUCCUGAUCCCAACUGGCUUGAUCAAAUGAUCUCCAGUAUCUCAACUCUCUUUCAACCAUAUAUCCAGGCCAGACAGCUAGUAGUGAUCAACACUCCUCUUAAAAGCUAUCUUCCCUUAAAGAACCUUAAGAAAAACUUUAAUGACACUCCCACCUAUGUAACCUUUCGCUCCAAGCAAAAUAUGGAUUAUGCCUUCCUGAUGAACUUUGCUACCAACCACUCUGACUAUUUCCUGAUGAUCGAAGAUGAUGUGAAAUGUGCUCCUGGAUUUGUCUCCCAGAUUGCUACUAUACUGUCUGCCUGGGAAAGGAAAGCUUGGGUGACUCUGGAGUUCUCUAGGCUGGGCUUCCUUGGAAAACUCUUUCAUGCUAGAGAUCUCCCCUGCUUUGUUCGUUUCCUUCUCCUCUUCUACCAAGAAAUGCCCUGUGACUACCUUCUCUCCCAUUUCCGUGACCUUCUCAUGCAGAAAAAACCAAUCCAAUUCUUCCCCUCCCUCUUCCAGCACAUGGGCAUUUACUCCUCCUCUGAAGGCCAAUUGAAUAGCCUCACAGAUAAAGAGUUUGAGGAAAAUGACAUUGGCCCUCCUGGCAACCCUGCUGCCACCAUUCACACUAGUCUGAAUGUUACCAAUGCCUCUGUUCUCAUGAAUGCCUAUAGUCUGGAUAAGAAUUUCUUUUAUGUCAAGGAGGCUAAGGCUGGCAGCCACCUGACUGUGGUUUUGGACAUACCUGCUGCAGUGUUCCGAGUUCAGGUGCUGACUGGCUCUGAACUGAAAGAGAAUCAGUUGAAAGAGGGACAGGUAGAACUGGGCUAUGACUCUACCAAUCGGAUUAAUGACUGUGAUGACUACAUUCUGCUGGGGCUACUAGUGAAUGGCAUCCUGGAUAAGCAAGUGUUAUCUGAAGAGUCUGGGAAGAAGGUGAAAUGUGUGAGAUUGCUUGUAACAGCCACUCUGCCCUCGGGAUUAAUAGUAAGGCACAUCAACCUCUGGAUUAAGUAACAUUUAAGUAAUACAUGGAGACUUCAGUAGGACUUCUGGGAGUGUUCGGGUUGGAGGUAGAGUCUACAGAAGUAACAAAACAUUAAAGUCUGGAAAUUGGUCAGGUAUAUCUCUUUACUGGGUCCUUUCAGGAUUCUAAGUACAGAAGACACAGCAUGUUGAAAGGCCAAGAGAAGAAAAAUCUGAUCCCUGAGUUCAACUCAUGUGCAAUGCCUGCAGAGGGGUUUUCACUACCUUGAAAACUAUAAUCCAUGAAGGCAAGGAGAAAAGAAGAGGAAAGGAACACUAGAUGCUCCCAGUCCCAGCACCAUGCACUGCUGCCUAUGGAGAUAUAUCACUGUUGCUGUGUCCUUAGCCAUCCUGGUCUUCAUUCUCCAAGAGAAUAAAGAGAAGCAUGUUGAAUACAGUGUAUUAUUGAAGGAAAAGGAGGACAUAGCUUGGCAAAUAGCUGUCAAACAAAUCAGCUCUGAAAGCAAGAACCAUCUGCGAACCUUCAAGGAGAUGCAGAGACUCCCCUCUUCUCCAACAUGCUGGCUACAAAUCCCUGGCUGGAGCCCCUCCCCAGGAAAAGAUGAGUACCUGGGAGGGAGUGGCCUGACUGGGAGAUCAGCCAGGGUAUUUUAGCCAGAAAAAGGAAGGAGGGUUGAAAAGGGAGCUGACUGGCCUGUGGCAAGGAAAGAGUGUGUGUGCUCUGAGGCAGGGCCAUGCUGUGGAAUUUGGUCUGUGUUAUGAUCCUGAGUGUGUUUUCCUCCCACCUGGUCACCCCUUGAAUGACCAACAGGACAGAAGGGCCAUAAUGACCCUGGGAAGGAGCUGUCCCAUAGUGAAGCUCAGUCAUGGUCGGCCCCCAGGGAGGGGAAAAUAGGAAGGGGGAGGAGCCAGAGGGAGUGCGGGAAAAGGCAUUGGGUAGAGGGUAGGCAAAGAGGGCCAUGUGGACUUCAGAUCUCAGUGCAGUAGACUGUUGGACCCUUGGGUUUACAUAGAUUUCCAGAGAUCCUCUAAUCCAGGUCUGGUUGACCUGUGGUAGCUGAGAUAACUCUGAAGGUCAAGGCCAGGCUAAGAUACUUUGCCAAGCCAGCAAUUUACCUUUGGUACCUGGCAGUCUUGCCCAUGAGAGAGAGCCUUGCCCUUCAUAAAGCUUCCCCAAGAGCCUUUCAAAUAUUGACCAAAAUACUUUGACCAAAUAAAAUCACAUCACAAUUUCUGAUCAGAUAUUAACCUCCCAUCUGGACUACAUGCCCCAGGAAAAGGAAUGUGAAUUGUCACUGGGAUCGGCAUAAGGAGAAGACCUGGGAGGAGAGUCCUAGGAACUCUUCACCAUCCUGAAGUGCUCAUGUGCCUCAUGUCUCCCCCAGGACUGCUGACCGUGGGGAUUGCCUCAAUGCAGCAUCCUCGUGGGAGCUACCUCUUGGACAUCCUGUAGUCCGUGUUCCAAGCUUCCUCAGAACGUGAGCUGGAGUAUAUCAUGGUGCUGGUCCACCUGUCAGGUCCUGACCCUGAAUGGCUUGGCCAAACAGCUGCCAAUAUUUCAGGUCUCCUCACACCACAGACUGGGGCCAGGAAGCUGCUGGUGAUCCAUGGUAGCUCCCCCCUCCCAGGAGAUCUGAGUGACGUUAAUCACUCGUCACCCUGUGAAGCCCUCUGUUCCAGACAGAAAGUAGAUCAUGCCCUCCUCAUGAACUUUGCUAGUAACCUCUCUGAUUACUUUCUAUUGGUGGAAGAUCAUAUUGAUUGCACCCCCAAAUUCGCUGCUGCCAUCUCUUCAGCCUUAUCAGCCUGGAAAGAACUACCUUGGGUGAUCCUGGAGUUCUCCCACCUGAACAUCUCUGGGAGAGUUUUCCGCACCAGUGACCUCUCCCGCCUGACCGCUUUUCUCCUCCUCUUCCAUAAGGACACCCCUACUCACUUGCUUCUCUCUGAAUUUCGUCUUCUCUUGGCCCAGAAUGUUCCUAUUCAUUUCAGUCCCUCUGUCUUCCACCACACAGGCGAUUAUUCUGUGUUUGAUGACAUAUGCUUUCUUGUGGAGAAGGACAGGGUCUUUGGUGAACCAGACAACCCUGUUGCUACUGUCCUUACUGACAUUGUAUCAAUGUUGGCUGUGAUUCCACAAUACACUGAUACACUGAACAAGGAGGGCUACUCUACCUUAAAUCCUUUAAAAGGAAACUGCUUGACAGUGAUUCUGGACAGGCCACAAAAGUCACCCAGACAGCGGUGCUGAUAGGCUCCGACAAAGACGGGAGGUACCAACUGCAGCAGGGACAAGUGGAACUGGGCUAUGACCCCCAGGAGGAUCCCAAAAGCUGUGCUCGCUAUGCCCUGCUAGGGCCACUGGUGGGAGGAAAUUUGGACCAGGUAGUAUUUUCUGAAGAAGAGUCUGUGGAAGAGUUGAGUUGUAUCCGGCUGCUGGUGUUGGCAUCUCAAGAGUCUUGACUCCUGAUCAAGCAGAUCAAAGUCUGGAUUGAGCCUGAGGAAGAGGAGAGAUAGAGGGCACAAUGGGGAUUCUGGAAGAAUUGGGUCUGAGAAAGGAAUCUAUGUGGUUGGGAAGAAAUAAAUCCAGGCACCAAUC